CACUCGGAGGAGCCGACUUGUGGAGACGGACGCGGAACGAGAGAAGAUGCCGCUGCUGGUCACGGACUUCAGCUGGAGCCAGACCCAGUCCCACCUGCACGUGCGAGUCCCGCUCAGAGGCGCCGCGGCCGCCCGGGUGGACUUCCUGCUGACGGAGCGCUACCUGAAGGUGCACUUCCCGCCCUCCCUGCUGGAGCUCUUCCUGUUUGAGCCCGUCGACGAGGCUCGGAGCUCAGCGAAGGUCUCCGGCGGGGUGGCCGUCCUCACUCUGGCCAAGAAGAGCGCCGCCCACUGGCAGCAGCUGACGGCAGCGGCGUUGGACAAGGAGCAGCAGCGGGACCUGAGGGAGAAGGCUCUGCUGGAGCACCAGGCCCAGGUGGCCGCCGGCGCCGCGGCCCGGGCCCAGAAGAAGCAGGCGGACAGGAAGCUCUCGCUGAAGACCAUGAUGCAGCUGGAGGGCGAGCAGAGGGAGCACAUCCAGCAGCUGAAGGACCAGGAACGGGCCAGAACCUCAGCAGAACUGCAGGCCUGGCAGGAGAAGCAGAGAAGCUCGGCCCACUCCCGUCAGGCUCCCAGCGCCGCACCCCCUGCUCCCAGAGUGCCGGGACACAUCCUGGUCUCCUUCACGCCGCGAGUCUUCCCCACGGCGCUGCGAGAGUCGCGCGUGGCCGAGGAAGAGGAGUGGCUGAGGAAGCAGGCGCAGGCGCGGCGAGCGCUGGCCGGCGAGGACGCCGCCGAGCUGCCGGACCUGAGCCAGCAGGAGAGGAGUCCGGACUGGCUGAAGGAGAAGGGAGACAAGUGCUUCGCCAGCGGAAACUUCCAGGCGGCACUCAACGCCUAUGACCUGGCCAUCCGCCUCAACCCGCGCCUCCCUGCCCUGCACUCCAACAGAGCAGCCUGCCACCUCAAGCUGCACAACUUCCACAAGGUCGUGGAGAGUUCGUCCAGGGCUCUGGACCUCCUGACUCCAGAGGUCAGGGACAACGCGGCGGCCCGAGCUCGAGCUCACGUGCGACGAGGCUCAGCCUUCUGUCAGCUGGAGCUCUUCGCUGAAGGACUGCUGGACUUCCAGGCGGCUCUGAAGAUCGAGCCCAACAACCGAGCGCUGCAGUGUGACGCCCAGAAGAUCCGAGACAUCAUCCAGGGGACCACAGACGCUGGAGCCUGCUGAGCCGGUGGGUCGCUGGCGCCACCGAGUGGACCGAUGUGGAACAUCCUCCUCCUCCUCCUCAGUCUCAAGUCGGUUGCAUGAUUGAGCUGGUGAGGAACAUUCUGAAUAAAACGUGUCAUAUUUUGAGCGAGAAACACUGUGGUGAGCUGGGGGAGAAGAAGAAGGAGGAGGAGGAGGUGUCACAUGACCCUGGAGCUUUGUUUCCUCGAGGUCUCAUGCUGAGUGGGUCUGAAGAACAGGUUGAGGUCUGGUGAUGACGGGAAGAUCUCAGCGAUCCCGCUUGACUGAAGUGGCCUCGGUCACGCGACUCUCCAGCUGGACCAGGCCAAUGGCCAGGCCAGCAGAGGGCGCGCUCUGUCUCCAGUCUGAGGGGCCUGUGAGAGCGCCAGAGAGGCCUCCAUCUCAUGUGGAGUUAAUCCUCCCUGAGAGCUUCACUGACCCGCCCCACACUUGAGGUGCUUGGUCUCCUCAAGUCUUUCUUCUGCCUCUGGUGGCGCUGCCCCACAUCUGAUGAGGAGCUUAGCAGUGUCUGCGUGUGGUCCACCCUCAGCAGCCACUGUGGAGAGACCAUGUGACCCUGACCUGACCUGACAUCAUCGCCGCCCUCCGAGGACACGCCGCAUAGCUGCGAA